AUGCAAAUCAAGAAGACUCUCGCUGCCUCCGCCUUGGCCGGUUCUGCCAUGGCUGCUUAUGUUCCAUCUGAGCCAUGGACUACUCUGACUCCAUCUGCUACCUACAGCGGUGGUUUGACCGAUUACCCAUCUACCUUCGGUAUUGCUGUCAUUCCAAUUACCACCUCUGUGUCUACCCACUCUGCUCCAGGUGCUACUCAUACUUCUGCUCCUUCUGACAAGAAGGCCUCUGACAAGAAGUCCUCCGACAAGAAGGCUUCCAACAAGAAAGACAAGAGAGACGGUGCCGCUAUCUCCCAAAUCGGUGAUGGUCAAAUCCAAGCUACUACUGCUACCUUGAAGCCAACUCCAAAGACUACCGCUGCUGCUGUAUCUCAAAUUGGUGAUGGUCAAAUCCAAGCUACCACUGCUACUCCAAAGCCAACUGCUCAAGCUGUUUCCCAAAUCGGUGACGGUCAAAUCCAAGCUACUACCGCUACCCAAAAGCCAACUGCUCAAGCUGUUUCCCAAAUCGGUGACGGUCAAAUCCAAGCUACUACCGCUACCCAAAAGCCAACUGCUCAAGCUGUCUCUCAAAUCGGUGACGGUCAAAUCCAAGCUACCACCGCUACCCAAAAGCCAACCGCUGCCGCUGUCUCUCAAAUCGGUGAUGGUCAAAUCCAAGCUACCACCUCUACUCAAAAGCCAACUGCUCAAGCCGCUUCCCAAAUCGGUGACGGUCAAAUCCAAGCUACUACCAAGACUACUGCCAAGACUACUGCCACUGCUGCUUCUCAAAUCAAGGAUGGUCAAGUCCAAGCUACCACUUCCUCCGGUGCCCCAGCUGCUUCCGGUUCUGCCGCUCCAGCUAAUCCAAAUGACCCAGUGAAGGCUCAAUCUUGUAAGACCAACGGUACUCUGUCUAUGACUUUGAAGGGUGCUGUUCUAACAGAUGGUAAGGGUAGAAUCGGUUCCAUUGUUGCCAACAGACAAUUCCAAUUCGACGGUCCACCACCACAAGCUGGUGCCAUCUACGCUAAGGGUUGGUCUUUGACUCCAGAUGGUAACUUGGCUAUCGGUAACAGCGAUAUCUUCUACCAAUGUCUAUCUGGUGGUUUCUACAACUUGUACGAUGAAUCCAUCGGUGACCAAUGUAAGCCAGUUAACUUGCAAGCCAUUGACUUGGUCAGCUGUUAA